CUCUAGAGGGAUGACUCCUUGAGGACUUUUCUGGACUUACUGUCUUUGGGAAUAGCAGCAGAACCGCCCGCCAUGCCUGCCAAGCCUCCCCCUAUCAAGAAGGCAGCCAAGAAGGAGCCGGCUCCGAAGAAGGAAGAAGCACCCGCCGCUGUGGCUACCCCCGUUGAACCUGCCCCCCCUGCCGAGCCUGCCCCCCCUGCCGCAGCCGAAGCUCCACCGGCAGAAGCUGCCCCUGCGGUAGUAGAGGCCCCAGCUGAGGCCGCUCCAGCCAAAAGUGAGGCUCCCGCAGAAGCUGCGCCCAAGGAGCCCAAAGAACCUGCAGCCCCUGCAAAAGCUGAUGCUGCCGACACUGCCCCAGCAGAGGAAAGCCCCAAAGCACCUACUCCCACUCCACCCCCAGCCCCAAAAGAGCCAACCAGCGAGCCCCUAGAGCUGACCGUGGAGGAUAAGACCGACACUACAGUGACUAUCACCUGGAGGCCUCCAACAACCAUCCCAGCUGACUCCGGCCUGGAUGGAUACAAUGUGGAAGUCACCAAGGAGGGAACUCAAGACUGGAAAGCAGUCAAUGAGAUUUUGACUGUGUCUUGCCGCUAUGUGAUCAAGAACCAGACUACUGGAGACCGUCUUCUGAUCCGUGUGGUGGCUGUAAACGCUGGUGGCCGCAGCGCCCCUGCUACCAUUAGCGAUGCGGUUCUGGUCAAGGAGGUUGGAGCUCGUCCCAAAAUUCGUCUGCCCCGUUUCCUGAGGCAGAGGUAUGUCAAGAACGUCGGUGAGAAGAUCAACCUUACCAUCCCCUACUCUGGCAAACCUAAGCCAGUGGUUAGCUGGUUAAAGGACGGUGAGCCGCUGGACACAAAGAGGGUCAACAUCCGUACGUCUGACAGGGACAGUAUCUUGUUCAUCCGUCAAGCAGAGAGAGCAGACUCCGGAACGUAUGAGAUGUGUGUGAAGGUGGAAGAUUUUGAGGACAAGGCAGCUAUCAUCCUCCAGAUUUGCGAAAAGCCUGGGCCACCAGCCAGCAUUAAGAUUGUGGAUGUCUGGGGAUUUAACGUUGCUCUGGAGUGGACCCCACCCAAAGAUUCUGGAAACACCACAAUCACAGGUUACACAGUCCAGAAGGCUGACAAGAAGACUGGGGACUGGUUUACCAUUUUGGAGCACUACAAUAGACUAAACGCCACCAUCUCAGACCUCAUCAUGGGCAACACUUACACCUUCAGGGUAUUCACUGAGAACAAGUGUGGCCUCAGCGAGGAAUGUGCUGUGACCAAGGACACGGCCACCAUUAAGAAGGAGGUGAUUGAGUACAAACCCACCCCCUUCGUGGAGCGUGACUUCAGUGAACCUCCCAAGUUCACAACUCAGCUGAACAACAGGUCCACCACCGUUGGCUACAGCACCAAGCUACUGUGCUCCGUCAGGGGAUUCCCCAAGCCUAAGAUUAUGUGGAUGAAGAACAAGAUGAUCCUUGGGGACAACCCUAAGUACAGAAUGAUCAGCACCGGGGGGAUCUGUACCCUAGAGAUCCGUAAGCCAUGCCAGUACGACGGUGGCGAGUAUGUCUGCAGAGCCGAGAAUGAACUGGGAAAGGUUGACACUCUCUGCAAGCUGGAGAUCAAAAAGCCUGCCCCUGUAGAUGGUGACAAGGACGAGUAAAUGCAAGCACUUACAGGACGGUGCUGGAUGCUGGAAAACCAACUGUACAUAUAAAUGGAGAGAACAAACUAAAGGGUUGUUACUUACAACUGCUGUAUUCUACCCUAUCCUACAUUGAUGUUGACUUUAUUUAUGUUCUUCUUUAGUGCCCUCUGAUAUAUAGCUCAUAUCCAUGUCCACAACCAAUUCAUGUGAACAACACCUCCCAUUGUAAUUCUGAAUUUGUCUCCACAGUAUAGAACUCGUUGAUUGUUCCUGACUGGCGAUUAAAGAUGUAAAACCUCGGAAUGUUUGUUACAAUAAAUAUUUUGAUUUAUG